GUUUCUCGACGCUUCGAGUUAGUCCGUUUCGCGCGUUCGAAAGAACAACACGUGAGACAACGAAUUCGAUAUUUGUCUACGUUCUCUUUUGUUUUUCUUUGAUUGGAUUUUUUUCCAUCAAAUCUUUUCUCCCUUAUUUACGUCGAAUAUUUGACUAUUUUUCGAAAAUACGAUCGCUCAUUUUUUGUUUUUAUUUUAUUAUCGAAAGAUCGCUAUAAAGAGUUUUUGUUAAGAUUCGACGAUUAUCGUCCGUCUUUACCGUUUUUUUUUCUUCCUGAAAAUUUUUCUUGGAAAAUUUGUCAUUCAACGAUAUCAAGAUGCCUGUGGAAUUGGAGCCAGUGCCAUCGAUCGCUCAUAAGGCCUGUCCCACCCAUUGUAAUGGAGAAGAGAAAAUGAACAAGCUGUGCAGACAACUGUCGAUCGAAAGUCCAAGCGUAACAGGACGAGACUGCGUAUUUAGUUUCGAUGUACCGGUUCCUGAUGUACCCGCACAAGGUGCUCGAAUCCGUGUAGUCUGUGCCGGAGCUUGUUAUCAUCCAAAACGUUCACCGAGUCUCUCGUCUCUCACAUCGGUAUCAAGUACCAGUAGUUUGGCUACCGAGGCAUCCUUAGAGGGUGAUUUCCCAAUUAACAUUCCUCAUCAUGGCGUAAGAGAUGCCGCAUUAUUUCCUGGAUACGAAGUUGCCGGUGUCAUCGAGUCUCUUGGUUCUGACGUUAACGAGGAUUGCGAAUACGCUCUUGGAGAUCGCGUUAUUCUUUAUCCGUACGAAGGAAUACCAAACGGAUACGUCGAAUAUUUGGUUGUACAUGAUCUUAAAUAUCUUAUAAAGAUACCCGACAAUAUGUCAUUGAGCGUAGCAGCUAUGUUACCAGCCGGUGCACUACUUGCUAUGAACACCGUAUUUUCUGCACACGAGCAUGUACAGAAUCUUUUGAAGGAAAGAGACGAGAAAACUGUAUGCAAGAUAUUGAUCGUUGGCACAGGUGGAUUAGCACUUUGGGCAUUGAGAAUUGCGGCUUAUCACUUCAGUGAUAUAAAGGAUAGAGUGACCAUAACAAUCGCAACACUUAAAGAUGAUGGUCUCAUAAUGGCACAGGAAUUUCAACGUUUGAACUUUGCUUACAGCGUUAACGUUGUACAAUGGAACGAAGAUCUGUAUGAGAAACAGCUGAUCGAACGGACGAUGGACGCUUGUCAAGGUCAGGUUGACGUUGUAAUUGACUUUGGAACUACGUCCCGUAGUCUACAUCGUAGCAUCCAAUGUUUGAGCAAAGGCGGAGUCGUAUUCGUGAUAAAGGAAGUAGCUGAUCGUCUUUUACCAAAGUUUAGUAGACGUGCCGAAGAAAGACAACAAAGUAUAAAGUCGGUUGAACCAGGUACAUUGGAACAACUCCGUGAACUGGUUCAAUUGGUUGCAUCGAACGAAAUCGAACCACCACCACAUACGGUAUAUCCUGCCGAGGAAGCACUCGACGUCGUUCACAAGCUUUGUCAUUCCAUGAUUCAAGGUCGUGCGAUUCUUCGUUUCUAUCCAGCUGAUUAAAAGAGAAAAAAGAAGAAGAGAAAGAGAAAUUUCAUCUGUCAGUCUGUCUGACUAUUUAUCUCUGUCUCUCUUUUGUUCUCGAUUAGCCAUGUCCAAGAGACUCUUCUUUCAUGGAUUCAACAAGAACUCGAAAAUAUCUAUCGAGUUUUUCUCUCUUUCUCUCGUUUUCUUUCUUUCUUUCUUUCUCCUUAAUUUCGCUCAAACAUAUAACCGAAGAUAUCAUGAGAAAAAUUGUGACAAGGGAAUAUAAUUAUCUGGGGAAAGAGAAGUUUCGAUAAAUUUAAAUAGGAUUUAUUUUCCUAUCUCGUUAGGAUCGAAUUAGAAUUUUUUUUCAAGGAUCAUAGAAAGAGAGAGAGAGAAAGUUUCUAAAUUAACGAUUUGAUUUUUGUUUGUUUAAUGUGAUGUAUGAAUGAUUUUUGUUUUGCGAGUGUAUGAAAGGGAGAGAAAGAGACGUGGGUGUGUGUGUGUGUGUGUGUGUGUGUGUGUAUCUAUAUACUUAUAUUUACAUGUGUACUCCUACCGACGAUCUCUCACGAUUACAUAUAUUUUGAAUCUAAUUUCUAUCAACUCGUCGUUAAAACAUUAUCGUAGAAAAAAUUUCACUUCCCUUUUUUUUUUUUAAUGGCAUCUCGAACGAAUUCAAGAACGUCAAUGAACAUAGUUGAAACUUUAUACUAUAAUUAUAAUUACGAUAUAUAUUUAUAAUAUAACGAUAGCUCGCGGCAGAGAUACACGAGAGAAAGAGAGAAAGAAAGAGAAAACAAAAGUGAGAAAUCGAGAAAAUCGAAUGAUAGAUUAAUAAGAAAGAAUGAAUGAAUGAG